AUUCCCAGACCAUUGAACUGUUUUAUGCUUUAUCGAGCUGAAAAACUGGCCGAGUGGCGAAACACCCAACCUGAUCACGAUCGCAAACCGGCAAGAGUUGCGAAUGAGUGGAGAAACGAGCCGGACCACGUCAAAGAGAAGUUUCACCGUAUGGCACAAGAAGUGGCAGCGCGUCAUGCUCUCGAGCAUCCCAACUAUCGCUAUCGACCCACGAAGAGGAGCGAGAGAAAACCUAGG